AUGAAGAAAGGUCAGCAGCUUGGAGAACUGGAUGCCAUGUCGCGUUCAAGGACUAAGCGUGUAGCUUUAACUAAAAAAAUCAGAUCAGACUAUCUAGAUGAAAUUAGAGACAUUGUUCAUCAGACUGAUUUUUUAUUAAAACAUACUAAUGCACCACCAAGAAGAUUACCAGGUUGGCUGUCAUCACCAAAACCAAUUGAAAAGAUUGUUGUUAAGAUCCCCGAAGAUCCGGAAGAAAAAUACAGGUUUCUGAACACUCCACCCAAAUCCCUUACUCCGAAGCGGCCACUUAAAAAGGUCCACCUAACAAAACGCUUUAAUGGCGGCGUUGACGAUUACGUUUAUACAUCAAAAGUCAAACUAUCCAAACUUGAAGAUGAAUAUCCACAGAAAGAUGAGCAAUUAACCCCUCAAAAGGACGAAUUCGAUGAAGAAGAAAUGAUUCUUAGCCCAGCAUCAGAAAAUUCUGAAACAGAAAAAAUUGUAAUGGAGAAUGCUGAAGAAGAAAAAGCUAAUAAGAUAGAGGAAUUGAUUACUGAGAAAAUGAAUGAUACAAUGGAUGAGCUUAUAGAGAUUUUCGAUGAGCCAAAGCCGGCAAGAUCAGAAUCAUUCGAAAAUUCUCCUUUAGCAUUGAACCACCAAAAGGAAAAUUCUCCAGAAGAGGAAGAGAAAAUAGAAAAACCAACAAAUCAAGAUAACAAAUUCAAUACCCCAACAAAAUCUGACGAAAUCCACGAAGAAGAGGAAGAAAUCAUACUACCAGGAAGUCCUGAUGCAUUAAAUAAAGAUAUCUUUGCUCAGGAAAGCAGUGAUGCCGAUUCAGAUAUUAAUUUCGAAGUUGAUGCACUUAUAGAGAAAUAUAAGAAUAUGAAUUAA